AUGACUAGCGACAAUGCGGAAAAUAUGGUCAAGGGAUGUGCUCAGAUGAUUGCGAACAGCAGUGCGGAUAUUAAGUCGGUGCACGUGCGCUGUGCUGCACAUGUAGUUAAUCUCAUCGUUCAGGCAGUACUCAAUGCACCGGGUGUGAAAAAGCAACUUGACAAACUGCGCAAGUUUGUGAGCUUCAUCCACAACAGCAGUAAGCAGAAGCAAAACCUCAAUGCCGCUGCGAAGGAUCUCAUGGAACAGCUCGUAUGCGAUGAUGCAGUCGCUGCUGCAAUUGUAGCUGGCUAUUGGUGUCUUCCAGCUGCACCGGAAGUCGGAAGCGACAGAGCACCUACUGAGCCUGAGGACUUUAAAGUGGCAAGAAUCCUGAUUCCGUUUCUCAAGACGUUCGAUGUCAUCACUACUGAGCUCAGCGGUUCGUCUUAUCCGAACAUGCAGAUGGUCUACCAGUUUUUUGUGUACAUGAAGAGCACGGUGGCAACCGCCGUGGUGUCAGAUGUGCCGAUCGUUGCCGAGGCUGCAUUGGCAAUGGAAUAG